ACUCACUUUACUGAAACACAAGAUGGAAAGAAUUUCAUAGAAAUACACAGAAAUAUGCUGUUGCUACACCUAUUUUUAUGAACACUAUUUUGGCCGUUAAACGAAUUAAGCUUAUUUACCUUUUAUUAACUUUGUUUAUUCUCUUCUCUGUCUGCUUGUGCUGGACAGAACAAUGCGGAUGAAAACAUCAGUUGCUAUGAGAUGUCGCGCGAUCAGUAUCAGAUGUUCAUCAAUCUGGUGCAGUACUAUCAGAUGGAGAGACGCUGGUCCAUCAAACGCCUCCUGCUUCAGACCUUCACAGCUGCCUGUCAUCUUGAUCACAUUAUCGUCGACAUUCGGUUAACUUCACUGCUGCCACUCGAGAUUGUCAAAGACAUGAAGGCACACUUUGCCGAUCUGGAUCUGUUUAAGCAGCUGGUCAAGAUGCUAACCAUAAUACUCUUGUUGGGCCAGCUAAUGCCUGUGAAUCAUCAAGAUUAUUUGGGCGUGCACUUUGCCAGCUUUUUGCUUUAAAUAGUCGAGGGCAACAACCCGGAGGUGCUGGUGGAUAUGGUGAUCGCUCUGAUACUGGCAUUCAAUCAGCAGUUUAGCGAGCAUGUG